AUGUCUGCUGAUGGAUUCUGGUUAUUCGAAGGAUUAGAAGAAGAACCGUACGGUCUUCUACCUCUUGUCAACUUAUCCGGAAAAGGAGGACCAACAAGCACCAAAUACGUAGAUCGUAUUGGAUCAUACCAAUGGUAUCUGAAUGAUGAGACGGCUACAAUCUUGGUUCCAGGAGCCCCAGUUGAAUCAUUCUACUGGCCAGGUGGCAAGUUGAUGCAAGAUCAUGGAGUGAUUAUUUAUGACGUCAAUCAUAUGAAAGUCCGAGAGGGAUCUUUGGAUGCCAUUAUUAUUGCUGCUCGAUUGUUGAGCGAGAAAAAAAAGAAGCCAAUCGAUUUCUCUCAAUUCCAUUUUAUCACUGAUGCUAUCAAUCUUCAAAAGAUCUUUGCUUUCUGUAAUGAAGCCGGAGAAGGAUUAUUCCGUAUCGACUGUGAACGUGUUGGAAAAACAGUUCUGCUUACCAGAAUGGAGGCAUCCGAUUUGAUGGAAAUCGGUCACGUCACUUUCGAUCAAAAUCUGAAAUCUCGAAUGACUCGUCCACGUGGAGCUCAUUCAACGGGUCCAUUCUUCCAGUUGGUUGCAUAUCAAUACGGGCAAUUCAGAAUUCUUGUGAGAUAUGAAGUGGAUUGUGCUGAUUACGCAGCUGUCAAGUGUAAUCCAGUCCCAGUCGACAAGUCCGAAGUGCUUCCAGAGAAGACGAAAAGUGAUAUCAAUCCAGAAAUUGAAGUUGUAAACUAUGGAGAGAUUCCACAUGAUGUUCCACUUCAAGUUCUCACUACUUAUCCCCAAGGAGCCGGAUUCCCAUUCUUCACUUGGGCUCAACUAUUCUUCACCAAUGCUAACCACGAACUCCUCGGAUGGUUCAAAGGAAACGGAGAUUUCGGAAAGCCAGCUAUCUAUACUCUCCAAGAUGUCUCUAAAAUGAUGAAACCACUGCCACUUGUCUCAUUGAGCAAAGUUCACGAUUGUCUCGACAAAGUUUACAAAUUCCUGACAAAGAAUGAUGAUAAUUUCCGAUGUGGUCUCGUGUGGAAAGGUAAAGCUCAUCUCGAAAUCUUUGCGAAACACGAAGAAGCGACCGGUGGAAUCAGCAAAGGAGUGCGUGAUUUCUUGGCAACUCAAUGCAAAGACGAUGAACCAGAAGAGCAGAAAUAA